CCUGAGGCACGAUGUUGACCUUAUUGGCUGAGUCACGGACGGGGAGGUGCGGUGAAGACGCUGGAACGUUAAACAAACGGCCCGUGCUGUGGGAGAAGCAGGAGCGAGCCCGAGUCUCACGCUGAACCUGCUGCCACUCAACACCGAGGUCAAAACUCUUCAGCCAAAAUGUCUGCCGCCAAGCGUGCCAAGGGGAAGACGACGAAGAAGCGCCCCCAGAGGGCGACUUCAAACGUCUUCGCCAUGUUCGACCAGUCCCAGAUCCAGGAGUUUAAAGAGGCGUUCAACAUGAUCGAUCAGAACCGUGAUGGCUUCAUUGAUAAGGAGGAUCUUCACGACAUGCUCGCUUCUCUUGGAAAGAACCCGUCAGAUGAGUACCUGGAGGGCAUGAUGAGUGAGGCUCCAGGUCCGAUCAACUUCACCAUGUUCCUCACCAUGUUUGGAGAGCGACUCAAUGGCACGGAUCCCGAGGACGUCAUAAGGAACGCCUUCACCUGCUUUGACGAGGAUGGCUCAGGUUUUAUCCAUGAAGACCACCUUCGCGAGCUCCUCACCACCAUGGGCGACCGUUUCACAGACGAGGAGGUCGACGAGCUUUUCCGCGAGGCACCGAUCGACAAGAAAGGAAACUUCAAUUACACAGAGUUCACCCGCAUCCUCAAGCACGGGGCCAAAGACAAGGAUGACAUAUAAAUCAAAACAAAAAACAGGAUACAGAACAGGAGUUAUUCAAAUCUGGACUAUUAUAAAAAAGCUGAUGAUCUUACUGUGCCUGCAUACACACUCCAGGGCUUCUUUUGCACACACAGGUUAAGCCAAUUGCUGAAACAGAGAGAUAUUAAAAUUAAGGAAUCUUAUUCACAUCUUAUUCAUUUAGUCUGUGAUCCAUCCUGGUUUAAUGUCUGUCUGCAAAUCCAUCCCCUGAUCAGCUUCACAAAGGCUUCAUUCUGUCAUAUUGACUGUAUGUCCAUAUAAUCAUUUUUUACAAUCGAAAAAAUAAUAAUUCACCUAUUGUUGUAUUGUUUUAAAUUUGGACAUGAACACAAUCUCUGACUCUCUUUCUUUGUCGAAACUAAAUAAGAACGAUUGUAGAUGGAAUAAAACAACAUGGCUUCGGUUUCCAAAAUCUCCCAUUGUUAUUGAGAAUAAGAUCUUGUGCCUGAAGGGGAAUUUAAUCAAAAGCACCACAAGACUUGGCAGAAUUUGGUUAGCAUGAUGGAGAUCAGGCUUCUGAUCAACCCAGUGAUUUACAGGAAAGGUUUUGUUACCAAUGGUGAUGUAGGAUAAAGAUAGAGACAUUCAUUUGUUAGACAAUUUUAUCUAAUGUGAGGCAGAACGUCUAAUAAUUCUAAUAGUAGGGCCAGGCAUUUGUGGGUUUAGGACUUGGAUAAACAGCUAAUCCAGGGAUUUCAGUUUACAAACCUUAGGGCGGUUUGUACAGAAAAUAAAAACAGCUACACCUCACUUUCUGAAAGAUGACAUUACUGACAUUAUUGUUAGAAUUCCAUACUAUACAAUACCAGCUACGAAGGUGACAUUUCUGGGAAGAAUGGUCAAGAAAUAAGGUCACGGGUACAAACCAUAGCACUACCAUGUUGCCAAUGCAAGUCCCGCAACCCUUAACUGCACAGAUAUACAGUACAGUACUGUGUGAAAUUCUUGAGCCAGCCUCAUAUCUUUAUAUCAAGUUGAAUGAAAUUAUGUCGAUUAAAUGAAAGAAUAAAAGUUUUCCUGUUCCAGGCUGCAAUGCGCCUAAUGAUGUGAUUUAAUUUACAAUUAGUUGUUUAUGUAACAGCCUCAGCAGCGACCUCAUUUCCCCACUCGUCCGUUCCGACCACUCAGCAUUCAGCAUCAGCAGUACACUAAUCAUCUGUACACAGAUAGGCCUGAUCAUCUGUCAUCAUCUCCAUCUGUUUCUCACUGGCUCAUGCCUUAGGUUAGAUGCUUUUUAUGCUGGAAUGAUUCAUAGGUCACUGUGUGGCUCUGAAACUGCUCAGGUACAGGGACUGGACUGAAAAUGAGAGCCUUCAGGAAGCCUGCAGAACUAUUCAUAUCUCAUGACUACAUAAAAAGAAAGAGAGAGAGAGAGAGAGAGAGAGAAAGUCUGGCUCUUUGGGAGCAAAAUAUGAAUAAUGAGGGUGCCAAAACUUUACUGUAUAAUGAGAUAGAUGAAUUUGUAAGUUGCUCUGGACAAGGGCGUCUGCCAAAUGCCAUGAACGAACACAGGAAUGAAUGAACUUAGGAGUCCGUGGUAUUUUGGGAACUGUGUGUAAGCCAUGCUCGAUUAACAUUUUGUAGCGUCCGUCAUACAAUCAACCCUUUAAAAGGUGCCACUGCUCUCCAUGUAUGUAAGUACAACAUCCUACAUGCUACUGUAUUUAAAGGUUAAACUGUUGCCUGGUAUAAUUUGGAUCACUUUUCGGGAAAACAUCCCCAAAUUUAGAAUAAACAUUGAAAUAUGUUAAACAGUAAAGCAAGAAAUCAAUCGUAUCCUUUUCUAAGUCAGAGUCCUAAGGUAUGUAGAUAUGCAUGACAUUUAAUAUUUGUCUGUCUUUUCUUGAGAAGGAAUCUCCAUACUAGCGCUGUGUCGAUAUUUUCGGUACAUAUUGUCCUUUCAUAUUUAGCCUGCUGUAUGAUCCGACUUCAGUCUCUCCUCUGCCGCCUUCCGACGCCGAGCUACGACUCCUAAAGCAAACAAGUCCACGAUCCUGGCCGAGAUAAGCAGCUCAUGCCUUCCUGUACCACCCUGUUUGGGAAAGAAUGAGACUCAAUAUCAUUAAUUCACCCCACGCCAGCAUUGUCCCAGCCUCUCCCCAUCACUCGGGGAACAAAUAAACACUUCCAAAAAAUGUUUUCCAUUACGUCUUAAAUAAAACUUUAUUAUUAUAAUUUUUUUUUUUUGCUGUUGUAAAAGAAAUCUUCCCACAAACACCCCUAUAGUCUACACAGUAUAACAUUUCAUCACCUAAUCCUCAUUCACUUUAUGUGUAAAAUAAGCAUUUACAAUAACAACGUCGCCCUUUUUCGGGUGAAACGUGACGGUGAGAACGGCGCGGGUUCUGAUUCGGGGGGUAAUAAAGACCUGGUCUCGGACCAGACACCUCUGAGGAGGUACAUUUUGUAUAACAAAUGCUGCGUUCAGGUGCUCAUCAGGAAGUCAAACAUACAAGAGAUCCAAAGCUCCAUUCAGAUACUGUACAUGUCAGAAGAUACGCCAAAGAUUAACUAAAAAAAAAAAAACAACAAAAAGUUUUUAAAAAAUGAACGAGAAAGUGUCUGCUUUAUUUAAGAGCAAUUUACAAAAGGUCUCCCAAAUUUCCCACUUUGAAAUACGACUCAAUUAGUUGUUCAAAUGAUACUAUCAAGCUUGACAUCUAGUCCUUCCCAGGUUCUGACUGAAGUUCUGCACUGACUGUUUUGCAUUUUCCACUUUAGGAGGAACUACAUACCAUAGAAUUAUUUCUUUUCUUUGUAGUUUCAUGAUGAAAAAAUUACGCACCUUUUUUUCCUUUAUUAUGGCGACUAUUUUCCAUCCUAUUCAGAUUGGAACAGACCAACGUACUAAUAGCUAAACCUUACUUGCUCAAAAUGCAACACAUUUCGGUGCACAUGUUUUAUAAUAAACCUACAAGUGUCUUGCAUGUCUUUAGGAACAUAUACAGAUGCUAAAACAUAUACAGUGCUGUAAAAAAAGUGUUCACUACUUGUUGAUUUUUUUCCGCAUAUUUGUCACAUUUAAAUGAUUCAUCCAAAUCUUCCAACACAUUUUUUAACUAUACAAAAUACAGUCAAUACUUUGAAUGAUGAUUCCAUUUUUCCAAGAAGAAGAAGCCUUUCCUAUGUGAAAAAAAAUAAACGCUUAAAAGCGCACUUGGGUUAUGCAGCAGGACAUACACCAGCGAGUCCAUCUUUUAAUGGCUCCAAAAAAAAAAUAAAUCAAACAAACAAAAAACAAUUAAAAUUCUGGAGUGACCGAGUCAAAAGUCCAGACUUAAAAAUGCUGUUUAGACUUAAACCGCUCCAAUAAGGUUGAAAUAAAACAAUUCUGCAAAGAAGAGAGGGUCAUAAUUCCUCCACUGCAAUGUGAAAGACUUAUUGGAGUAAUUUGAUUGCAGUUGAUGCCACCAAGGGUGGAACAACCAGCUAUUAGGUUUGGGGGCAAUUACUUUUUCACAUAGGGCCAGGCAAGUUUAGACAGUUUUUUUCCCCUCAGAAUCAUUUAAAGACUGUAUUUUGCAUUUUCUCGGGUUAUCUUUGUGUAAUAUUAAAAUCUGUUUGAUAAAUAUGCCAAAAAAACAAACAAUAUAUCAGGAAGGGGGCAAAUACUUUUUGUAAA